CCAGCCCCUCUAAGCACGCACCACCUUAACGACAUGGGUAGUUCCGCUCCGGCAGCACCAGAAAAGUCGCUAGAGGAAGCAUAAAUCGUGUGGUUUGCGUUUAGUACCACCUCGAUCUCCAAUUGCUCCAGCAUCAUUUGUUGAGAAGAACGUCUCUUUCCCCUGUCGAACUGAUGCCUUUGUUAAUAUCAUGAUUUUAAGCAUUUAAAAUGUCCAGAGUCCUCGCAGGAAACAGAAGACAUACUCUGCUGGAAUUUUAAGGAAAACUUAAUGAAGAAACUGUUUACAAAGGUUAACAAUGGUCCGUAGUGGAAAAAAUGGUGACCUUCAUCUUAAACAGAUUGCAUAUUAUAAACGAACUGGUGAAUAUCAUCCAACUACACUGCCAAGUGAGAGAAGUGGUAUAAGAAGAGCAGCAAAAAAAUUUGUCUUCAAAGAAAAAAAGCUGUUUUAUGUUGGAAAAGACAGAAAACAAAAUCGUUUGGUAAUUGUUUCAGAAGAAGAAAAAAACAAAGUCCUAAGAGAAUGCCAUGAAAAUGACAUUGGAGCCCAUCAUGGCAUAUCCAGAACCCUUACUCUAGUGGAAUCCAGUUAUUAUUGGACUUCUGUGACCAAUGAUGUCAAACAGUGGGUAUAUGCUUGUCAGCAUUGCCAAGUAGCAAAAAAUACAGUUGUUCUAGCACCUAAACAACGCGUUCUCAAGGUGGAAAAUCCGUGGAGUAUAGUUACUGUUGAUCUGAUGGGACCUUUUCAUACAAGCAACAGAAGUCAUGUAUAUGCUAUAAUCAUGACAGAUUUGUUUACAAAAUGGGUUGUGAUUUUGCCUCUAUGUGAUGUUUCAGCAUCAGAAAUUACUAAAGCCAUUAUCAAUAUAUUUUUCUUAUAUGGACCUCCUCAGAAAAUAAUAAUGGACCAAAGAGAUGAGUUCAUUCAUCAGAUCAAUGUUGAACUAUAUAGAUUGUUUGGCACAAAGCAUAUUGUAAUUUCUCAUGCCUCUCAAACUGUUGAUCCAACUGAAAGUACACCUAGCACAAUCAAAACCUUUCUUUCCAAACACUGUGCUGACUACCCAAACAACUGGGAUGAUCACCUAUCAGCUGUUUCAUUUGCCUUCAAUGUAACUCACUUAGAACCUACUAAAAAUACACCAUAUUUUCAAAUGUUCAAUCGAAAUCAUUACGUUCCUGAGACUUCAGAUAGUCUUCAUGGAGUGGAUGCUGAUAAUACAAGUAUGUUUGCAAAAAUUCUAGAUGCAAUUAAAGAAGCUGAUAAAAUAAUGGAAAAUAAGACAACUAGAGCCAGCCAGAUGGAGAACAACAAUUUUGAUGAACUAAAUAAAAGCAAGAUCGUUGUUAAAAAGAAACCAAAGCAGUUAAAUCCAUUUCAUCUAAAAGUGGGUCAUGAAGUUUUAAGACAAAGGAAAAAUUGGUGGAAGGAUGGUCGUUUCCAGUCCGAAUGGGUUGGCCCUUGUGUCAUAGACUAUAUUACAGAAAAUGGAUGUGCUGUCCUGAGAGACAACACUGGUUCCAGACUUAAAAGACCUAUCAAAAUGUCCCACCUCAAGCCCUAUAUACGAGAAUCCAGUGAACAAGACAGUCUUUAUCUCUUACAAGGUUCAGUAGUGGCAGAUCAUGACUACAUUGGAUUGCCUGAAAUUCCAGUUGGAGCAUACCAAGCAAAUAUUCUGGUAGAAGAUGCAACAAUUGGUGUAGUCAAUAAUGAAUUACUGACAUCAAGCAAAGAUCAUGAACUAUUAGAAUAUAGACAUGCCAAAAUCUCUCCAUUGAUAGAAGAUCGUGGUACUCUUGAAAAGCAGACUUUCAGUCUUUUGGACUCUUCAAACCAAGUCCUUGAGUACUUAAGUUAGUAAAUACCAAAAUUCAUGUCAAGCAUUUGUUUAGAGUGUAUAACCCUUGAAUCUUAAUGUCUCAUCUAUCAAAAUAGGUUGUAUAGAAGAAGUAUGUUGACAUACCCUUGACUAAAUCUUGAAGUUUUUUUUGUAACUAUUUAUUUAUCUAAAAUUGUGACCAUGUUUGAAUGUCAGUGUAUAUAUGUAUAAAGUCAGAGGAAACAUAAUAUAUAGAAUUCACUUUUUCUAAAAAGAGAACAGGCAAAACACAAUUGCUUCUUAGAAAGUAAAUUAAUUUCCAGCUCAAAACUGUCAACUCUUUCCCUGGUAUCCAUACAAUGUUUUCAGUUUUAAUUUUUCUGGGAUACUUCUCUUUUUUAAAAAAUAGGUUCUAACUGCCUAGUAGUGAAUUAAUAAAUAUUGAAUCAACCAUAACAACAAAUUGAGUGAAACUUCUCUCUUUGUUGUUGCAGUGUGUAAAAAUAAUAUUGUAGGAAAAAUAUUUGGGUUUGUCUAAUGGACUCUUAUAGGAUAUUGGUAAUUUCACUGUGGUAGGUAGAUAAGGUCUGAAACUAUAUUAUUGUUCUGGGACCAUUUGUUCAUUUCCAUAAUAUAUAUUUAAGCCCAAAGCAUCUGUUAAUAAGACUUUUUUCUGCAAUCUUAAAGAAAAAGAAGUAAAUAACAAUCAUAAA